AUGGCUCCUGGGGCUCAGAAAAAUCUAUGGGUUGCGGCAAGCGAUGGUGAUCUUACGCGAGUAAAGUAUUUCAUAGAGGAAGAAGGCAUGUCGCCAAACGCACCUGAUCAAAACACAUAUACACCGAUGCACGCCGCGGCGUCAUACGGCCACAUUGAACUUCUCGAAUACCUGAUUAGCAAAGGCGGAGAUGUCAAUGUAGAAGACGAAGAUGGCGACACACCGCUAUACACGGCCGAAUCACUCGACGUCGCAAAGUGGCUCGUCGACCACGGGGCAAUUAUCAACAGAGUCAAUAACGAGGGCAUAUCUGUACGCUCACAUCUCUCCAAUUUUGAUCUUCAUCAUAUCUCACACAAUACGCAGCCCGCACAACACCUCCUCGACGAUUACCCAGCCAUUGCACAUUAUCUCUCACCCGAACUUGCACAAACAGGAGAGGAGGAAGACGUAGAAGGACCCUCGGAAUACGCGCAGGAGCAACUGAGCGAAGAGCUGACGAAUCGGAUGAUGAAGGCCGUAGAGGAAAUAAUGGCGCGUGCGGCAGCAGAGGGUCGUGAUCCAGAAGAUGAACUGGCCGCGUUGGUGGAAAAGACGGUGUUGGAGAGCCUUGAUGCGGGAGAGGGACUCGUCGAAGCAGAGCAAGUCGCGACGCCGUCACUCGAAGAACCAACCGUCCCAUCUAAACGAAAACACACGGAAGAGUGA